AUGGCAUCAUUUGAUUUUGUCAGAGACAAAUUAACUGAGUGGAACCACAGUGACUUUAUUCAGAGGUUUGAAGGUGAAGAUAUUUGUGAUGUAUUAUUAUACAUUGUAUAAUACAUUCUGUAAUAGUUAGUAAAGAUAUCACCUCAAUUGUAAACAUGUAUGCUUAUUUGUUAAUUUGAUACAGUCAUUCUUAUUGUCUGAUAUUAAUAUGCCUAAAAUGUAUAUUUCCUGAUUUUCAGAUGAAGAAAUUGAUGAAGAAGGUUUCCUCUCCCUUGAGGAGACUGACCUCAUCAACUUGAUCCCAAAAACAGGACCAAGGUCUAGAUUUAGAAAAAAAUACAACACAUUUCUGAAGGUACUUUACAAACUAGGUGUACAAUAACUACUGUUACACAGAGUGACUGGGUAUGGUCUAUAUCAGUACUGCAUCAGUAGUGCAGAAUAAACUGUUUGCAUUUAGUUCUCAGCUGUGACAUUGUCCACUGUACUGGCAUAUUUUUUACAGUUUACAAAUGUCUUAUCAUAACAGGAGAUUUAGUGUUACCCAUGUAGGAUCUUAAUUUGAGUCAGUUUGCUACAGCAUGAAAAUAAUCCUGCAGCAACAGGAAAUGUGAAUUAUUAAUGGACAUUUUUGUAGAGUUUGAUACAUUUUUCGAAAGGGAAAAUCAAGUGUGAAAUUUCAAAGUGUAAACAAUUAUUUUUUUUAAGGAGCCUUUUUAAACCUCAAAUACACUACAAGUUUUAAAUGUCCUGCAUUGCAGCAACACAUACAUUUACGUCAUUUAGCAGACGCUCUUAUCCAGAGCGACUUACAGUUAGUGCAUACACAUUUUGUAUUUUAUUUUUUAAAUAUUUAUUUUCAUACUGACCAUGGGAAUCGAACCCACAACCCUGGCGUUGCAAACACCAUGUUCUACCAACUGAGCUACAGCUACACAAUGUUAGCCUGUGUUCUAACUGCAGUCUGAAAUGUUAUUGUACCUUUCUUGUUCUUUGCUUUACAACUGAGAGUAGCAUGACCACAUUUAAAAUACCCAAAUGCGGGACAAAAGGAUGAUUUUGCGGGGCAUUCGAGUGACAGUGUAGCCUACAUGUAGCUGCACCGAAUGAGCUAAUUGAAGCGCGCCUAUAGGCUACUCCUUUGCCUCGCGCAAAAUUUGGUCAUGCAGAAACGAGAGACCAAAUGUGUGUAUAUUUUAUGAAAAUCUAGGAAUACUUGGCCAAGGAAACAUUUCUGGUUGGUCUCAGGGAAUGUAAAACAGUUAGGAAGGGAGACUUUGAAAACCGAUUGUGUGAAGUAGCAGCAAAUAUGUUAAAUGAGCUUAAUGAACAUAUAGAACCUUACAAGUUAGACAAAAUCAACAAUUAUCUUUUCAGUUUACAUACUUUUGUAGCUCUUCGUCAGAAGCAUGCUUUUUUAACUCCAAGUUUUGGUGGAAUUUAGACCAAAAGGAUUAGACAAAUGUGAUUGGUUGAAGAUAUGACAUUGGCCUUGCGCUGCGGAGAAUAUCAGAUCCCAACAACUGUUGGAGAAGUGUUUAACAUCACCAGAACCACAUCCUUAUGAUAACUUGUCAAAAUAGAAACGUGACUGCAAACAGAGAUCUGUAUAUAAUGACGAGAUGCUCAUGUUUCCACCCUAACAAUGGGAGUCGUUGUCCCAAAGGCGGGAAGGCAGACAAAAAAGCUUAGGUCCAAAAUAAGCCCAUAGAAACGCAUUGAGCUUAUUUUGGACAGAUUUUGAUGAGUGAGACCUCUUGCUUUGCCUCUUCUUCUCUGCUGCAAAAGAGACAUGUUGGAAUGCCUGACUGAAAUACUGAACAAAUCGACCUUUGUUGUAAAUGAGUUGUGUUAGAAUUGUUUUUAUAAAAUGCGGGACAUGAUUUUUUGGUUGAGGAACGCGGGCCAAAAGGCCAAAAUGCAGAACUGUCCCGAACAAUCCGGGACAUGUGGUCACCCUAACUGAGACAUCUAAUGUUUUCUAACUGCAGAAACUGCAGCAACCCAAUGAUGACAAGAACAUUCAAGAGGCCACUUCUUUAUCAGCCUCCAAGAGUUCCUCAGGAAAUGUACGAUCUUUGCCCUCCUCUAUAACCAUUUACAUGAAACCUCAGCCCUAAAGUACAAUUAAUUAACUAAACCAAAUGCAUCGUUUUUAAUUUAGAUAAGCAUACAGACCUUUAUAUUUGUCACCCCUAUAACCCAACAUGGUAUCUGUCCCCAGGUUACUGGUGAGAUGGUCAAUCAAGAGCCUUGUCAAAAGGCCAUCAAAACCCCCCUCAGAAAUGAACCUUCUAAAUGCCCAGAGACUAAAAGGUAAGGAACACAUCAUUCCUUUAUUCAUCACUGACUACAUAUAAUGUCCCGUUGGCGUGGACAAAAUGACAAUUGUUGUGACUCUUUCGCCAGGUCAAUGGAUAAACCCUUUGGUAAACCUGGAGGAAGUGUGCCCGUAACCGACACCUCUGGAGUGGGAGAAACAGUGUAUGACCAGGUGGGUAAAAACUAGAGCUCAUUUAUCUGUGGUCACAACUAAGGCAGGGGUCAGUGGUGAUCCCAAGGCAUCACUUCUUGGAAUGUUUCAUGCCAUUUAACAGAGAUGUACUAUCAUACAUUAAGAUAUCAGUGCACUCCAGAGGGACUAAGUUAAUAGCAAUCAAAUGCAAUUAUUAAGCGCUUUAUAUUUCAGUCACUCUUAUGCAGAACAAUUUACAGGAGGAGCAAAUAGGGUUAAGGUUCUCGCUCAAGGGCAAGUGCUUUUUCACCUAGUCGGCUUGGGGAUUCAAACCAGCAACCUUUCAGUUACUCACCCAAUGCUCUUAACCGCUAGGCUACCUGCCACUUUCUCAUAGUCGCAACGCUAUACAACAUAGCCAACAUCUAAUCUAAUCUACAAACAACAUCAGUCAAAGGUAAUCAGUGAAAACAACAUACAGGAAGAGACCAAAAUUAUUAAAGAAAAUGCAUCUCAAACUAAAGCAAUUGUGCUUUUGUGGAAUGAUUCCUUUGUUAACCUGUUGAUUAUCUAUGUGUUUCUUCAGAGUGAACCCUCAACCAGUAAGAUACCCCCUCUUCAAGUGAAUAUCCCAGGUAAAAAGCACAGAUGUUUCAGAUUUACACGUUCAGAAAAACAAUGCAAAAAUACUAGUUUUAGAAGAUGACAACGAGAAACUUGUAAAGUGAUACUAUAUUUAUUUAUUUUCAAAAAAAUGUAAUACAAAUUACUCAGUUAAUCAUAAGUCAUACUAUUGAAUAAUGAGAGACACUUGCAAGUACCCUUUGUUCCAUGUACCAUAUGCAUAGAGUAAGUAGACAAUUUGAAAUAGUCCUCUGUAGCUCAAUUGGUAGAGCUUGGCGCUUGUAACACCAGGGUAGUGGGUUCGAUCCCCGGGACCACCCAUACGUAAAAAUGUAUGCACGCAUGACUGUAAGUCGCUUUGGAUAAAAGCGUCUGCUAAAUGGCAUAAUAUAUUAGAUUUUUUUCACCGACUGAUACAACUCAUUUCCAUAACAUCAUUGGCUAUAAUGAGAUUGGAAGAUCUGUGACUGCUGUUGGAUGAUAUGUGUAUUAAUUAAUAAAAUACUUUCCAAUUGUUUCCAGGCAAAAGGAAAUCUGAUGAGACCCAUGCUAACAAACAAACAAAGAAACGACAACGUGGUGCUGCUUCCAGAAUAACUGAAACAUUUGGUAUGUGGAUGGUGUUUAUAUGGACCACAAUCAUUUUAACCCUUUACACUUGUGGUAAUUUACCUAUAUGGAUAGGGCUUAAUUGAAAUGUUCUUACAUACGCAUAACCAUGGUAGCAGUUAAAAGGGAAGAGUUAGGAGAUUAUGGGAAAAUUAUUAGACUAAAGGUGAUGACACAACAGUACACCUGACACAUAAUAAUAAUAAUAUGCCAUUUAGCAGACGCUUUUAUCCAAAGCGACUUACAGUCAUGACUGAAUUCAAACAUUAUACUGAUUGAUUGUAUGUGCAUUUUACGUUUGCUGUACUAUUUGCCGCAUUUGUUGAUAACGAAAUCAAAACAAUUAUCUGGAUACAUUUAUUAACGUGAUAAGAAUAAUCUUGGAAUAUUUGGGGUAGGUGCAACAUAAGACAAAACAUUCUAAGGCUUUGAGUGGCCACACGCCUCUCCAAAAUGUGCUCAGUUCCUAAGUAAUUUCAAUGUACUUUUAUGACUGAAAGAAUAGUCUUCAACGAUAAGGUGCUUUUUUGAGCUCUACUAGCUGUGCCGUUGAGGAACUAGCGCAAGCACACUAGCAGUUUUUUCUGUGGAAAACAGCCCUUCAUCCCAUGAUCACACAAUUACUGAUGUUUACGCGAUCCAAAAACGGUCCAUUAUAAAUCGCAAUCUGGGUCAGGUCGGCAUCAUUUGAAAGCUUGUUCUAUUGCCAACAUGACUAGCUAAAUAAUAUAUAAAAUAUGAUAUCACAAUGUUAGGCUUUCACAAGGCCAUUCAGAGUAGACAUGGUUAUUUGAGUGGAGUACUCCUUUAACUCAACACAUGCUGUAAGUUCUUCUAACAUCCGCAUACAGCAAAAGGUUAUGUCAGUUUAUGAUAUAGCAGAUCUGAAUGCCACUCUUCAUUCCUAAUUUUUUCCCUGUAAUAUAUUUUCCACCUUUAUAAACACGUUGUGUUUAACUCUGGCAGAAAUUGAAACCAAGACAGAGGUGAAGAAGAUCAUGCAACGUGUCAAAAGCAAACUUGAUGAUCUGCCUUCUACAAAACUCAUUGACUUCCUCAGGUAUGCAUUUUUAAAUGUGGAGAGAAAACACAUGGAGAGAGACGCGUACAGGCCACUAAAUUGCUUUAAUUCUUUUCUUCUUUAAUUUCUAACAGAGGUAAAAUCCAAACGUUGGAGAAAGAAAAAAAAGAGAUAGUGGGUGUUUUUGGGAAGACUGGAGCUGGUAAGAGCUUCUUGAUUAACACCAUCUUGGGUGAAACGAAAUUGCUGCCCUUUGGAAACCAAGGGGCGUGCACCUCGGUCAUGAUUCAGGUGGAGGCCAAUAUGACAGACUCGGACUCAAAAUACAUCGCAGAGAUUGAGUUCAUGACAGAGGAGGUAACAGCAUCUGUUUCAUCUGUUUAUAUCCUAAUCUCACAAUGUUUUGGAAGUGGUGUCAUGAUGAACAGUACAAUUAAUGAAAGGCUUCUUUGAAACAUAUCAAGGUUACUAAGUCUAAGAUCUGAAUCAAGGUUUGUCAUUGACCCAAUAUACACCUUGCUUUAAAAGAAGAAGCAACAAUAUAAGAAACAACAAUACAAUGUAUCUCACUAUAAAAACUGGUCCUCUUAAAUCUUUAUUCCAGGUUGCACAUAAAAAUAUUUAAGGGAUAGUUUGCUAUGCCCAUACAGUCAUGCCAAGCAUAAGGAUGUCUUAAAUGGGAGGGAAAAGUGAGAUCCAAACACAGUUGUAAUUGCUAUUAAAACCAGGUGUAAUUACAAGUAAAUGUGAGGCCAAUGUUUGGAAUGUAAUCCUAUCACAGCUGUUCGGAUAGGGAUAAUGCAAGUCAGAGUGUACAGUUUCUUAUACAGUAUGUGUUUUGGAAACUCAAUUAGGAGUAUGUUCCAGGUGUUAUGGUAUAGAUAGGUAGAUUAGUGGUAGGUCACAGAUAGACACUACACUUUCACUUCCACACCUCAUCCCUAGGGGCAGUAGCAACCGGGUCCAGGUGCUGUGCCAGGCUUGUUGAUUAUCAUAAUACAAAAAUCCCCAUCAAAACCCAUCUGUUUAAGCUAGAGAUGCUUGGGCUGCGUCUCAAUCCACUGCGUCCGCCAAUGUCGGCCUUCCGCAUCUUCGGUGGAAGGUGGCAGAGCUACAACAGUAUUGGUCGGACCAGAAGAGAUCCCAAAAAUUGGUAUUCUCGUGAAAACGUCUGUAGCGUCCGAACGGUUUGGGCUAAAAACUCGAUGGUGUUCUCCGUUUUGCUCUUCUACCCCCACAAGCUUCACAUGACUCAUCUGAAGUCGGUACCGCUGAUGUGCCAGCUAAUGUUUGUAGAGUGCGAACGGUUUGGGCUACAAACUAAUAUGACUCCACCAUCGACAGCUGAGACUCUCAUGAACACAAUACAACGGCGCCCACAAGCUUUACAAGACUUGUCUGAAGUUAACCGGUGAAAAAAAUGAAUGGAAGUAUCAAAGUAGUUUUGUGCUGAAUCAUGUUUUUAUAUGUUUUUUUUUUAUACCUACAGGAGUAAAAAAAAAAAAAAAAAAAAAAAAGCUAAAUUAUCCAUGGUAUGACCAUUUUAAGACAAUUCCAUAUGGCCUAGGACCCCUAGACAUUACAUUGCUAGUGUAGCGUUAAAGUAGGCUGGCUAGGUGGUUUCGUAACACUUAGCUGGCAAAUAGAGAUACAUUAUGUAUUACACAUUUGUUACGGUUUGACAUUUUUAUUAGGAAUGGAAAGAGGAGCUGUGGUCCAUCUUCAGAGACAGAUCUUAUGAGGAUGGAAAUGAUGAAGACCAGGAAAGGGAUGACGACGACGAUGAUGAUGAUAAGAUAUCAUCUUUGUAUGGAAAGGAUGGACGUGGGGCAACCUUAGAAGAACUAAUGGACAGGAAGCACUUCAGAGAAAUUCCAGAGUUCCGUUUAUCAGUCAAGAAAAGAUUUCUAUGUGACACAGUAAGUUACUGUCAUGCUAGUUCACUUCUGUGACGAUUGUGUAAUUUUGUGAAAAAAUCAUUUGGUUAAAAAAUCAUUUUAGGUCGGCAACCAGGUCUGAUUGCAAAUGACUACAUCUGUUAGGUUCUGAUAUUUGUCAAAGUGUUAUUUUUAUAUAUUUUUUUUAUCAAUGCAUGUAAUGAUGCUUUAUUACAUUACAGGCUGAAGAACUCUCUGAAAAGAUAACUUGUUACACACGGAGUGACACACAGAGUGAUACAUUUAAAAGGCAGUAUUGGCCGCUUGUGAAGUGUAUAACCAUCAAGGUGCCAAACUCCAAAGACCUGCUGGAGCAUGUUGUGCUGGUUGAUCUUCCAGGCAAUGGAGACUGCAACAAGAGCAGAGAUGAGAUGUGGAAAUCGGUAAUUAUUUAUAAUUCUUAUUGAUGAUCCCAUGUUCUGUUUAGAAUUGUAUUCAUGCAACUUCUAAUUUGGUUGGUGUUAGAUCAACAUCCUAGGUAUCAAUAUCACAGGUACAGGGCCAAAUGGCUGGCUACAGUGAGGGAAAAAAGUAUUUGAUCCCCUGCUGAUUUUGUACGUUUGCCCACUGACAAAGAAAUGAUCAGUCUAUAAUUUUAAUGGUAGGUUUAUUUGAACAGUGAGAGACAGAAUAACAACAACAAAAAUCCUGAAAAACGCAUGUCAAAAAUGUUAUAAAUUCAUUUGCAUUUUAAUGAGGGAAAUAAGUAUUUGACCCCCUCUCAAUCAGAAAGAUUUCUGGCUCCCAGGUGUCUUUUAUACAGGUAAGGAGCUGAGAUUAGGAGCACACUCUUAAAGGGAGUGCUCCUAAUCUCAGUUUGUUACCUGUAUAAAAUACACCUGUCCACAGAAGCAAUCAAUCAAUCAGAUUCCAAACUCUCCAUCAUGGCCAAGACCAAAGAGCUCUCCAAGGAUGUCAGGGACAAGAUUGUAGACCUACAGAAGGCUGGAAUGGGCUACAAGACCAUCGCCAAGCAGCUUGGUGAGAAGGUGACAACAGUUGGUGCGAUUAUUCGCAAAUGGAAGAAACACAAAAUACCUGUCAAUCUCCCUCAGCCUGGGGCUCCAUGCAAGAUCUCACCUCAUGGAGUUGCAAUGAUCAUGAGAACGGUGAGGAAUCAGCCCAGAACUACACGGGAGGAUCUUGUCAAUGAUCUCAAGGCAGCUGGGACCAUAGUCACCAAGAAAACAAUUGGUAACACACUACGCCGUGAAGGACUGAAAUCCUGUAGUGGCCGCAAGGUCCCCCUGUCUCAAGAAAGCACAUAUACAGGCCGGUCUGAAGUUUGCCAAUGAACAUCUGAAUGAUUCAGAGGAGAACUGGGUGAAAGCGUUGUGGUCAGAUGAGACCAAAAUCGAGCUCUUUGGCAUCAACUCAACUCGCCGUGUUUGGAGGAGGAGGAAUGCUGCCUAUGACCCCAAGAACACCAUCCCCACCGUCAAACAUGGAGGUGGAAACAUUAUGCUUUGGGGGUGUUUUUCUGCUAAGGGGACAGGAGAACUUCACCGCAUCAAUGGGACGAUGGACGGGGCCAUGUACCGUCAAAUCUUGGGUGAGAACCUUCUUCCCUCAGCCAGGGCAUUGAAAAUGGGUCAUGGAUGGGUAUUCCAGCAUGACAAUGACCCAAAACACACAGCCAAGGCAGCAAAGGAGUGGCUCAAUAAGAAGCACAUUAAGGUCCUGGAGUGGCCUAGCCAGUCUCCAGACCUUAAUCCCAUAGAAAAUCUGUGGAGGAAGCUGAAGGUUCGAGUUGCCAAACGUCAGCCUCGAAACCUUAAUGACUUGGAGAAGAUCUGCAAAGAGGAGUGGGACAAAAUCCCUCCUGAGAUGUGUGCAAACCUGGUGGCCAACUACAAGAAACAUCUGACCUCUGUGAUUGCCAUCAAGGGUUUUGCCACCAAGUACUAAGUCAUGUUUUGCAGAGGGGUCAAAUACCUAUUUCUCAUUAAAAUGCAAAUCAAUUUCUAACACUUUUGACCUGCGUUUUUCUGGAUUUUGUUGUUGUUAUUCUGUCUCUCACUGUUCAAAUAAACCUACCAUUAAAAUUAUAGACUGAUAAUUUCUUUGUCAGUGGGCAAACGUACAAAAUCAGCAGGGGAUCAAAUACUUUUUUCCCUCACUGUAUAUCUAUGUAUUUUAGUUUCUUUAUAUUUAUCUACAAUUGAUUUAUCUAGAAUUGAUUAAUAUAUACAUGUUAUGUAGGCUUAUGAAAGCUAUAUAUGUUAUGAAUAAUAUAUUGUGUAUAUUACACCUUUACUGUUGGACCGUUCUAAGUUAAUGUUACACUUCUACAGUUUGUUGGAAACUGCUCUGCUGUGUGGAUUAUAAGUGGCAUUGCACGAGCAUCUUCAGAAAAGGAAUCAUGGGAGAUUUUAGACAGCACCGUUAGCCUCUUUGGACCUGGUGGAGAAUGUCGAAGCAUCAGUUUCAUCUGCACCAAGACAGACGAGGACAUUCAAAACGAUGAUGCACGUACCUGUAUUUUGCGCAGAAAUAAAACAACCAAGAAGCAAGUGAGGGAAAAGUUCAGCAAACAAAGAUUAAUUAAGGUAAAUUACAUCUGACAUAAAGGAGAAUUCUGUGGUUUGACAACAUGCACAUAUGUUGUAAUGGUUAAGAUAUAGGAAUUUCAUGGAAUUCCAUGAGAGCAAGAUUAGUAAAGCUAUUCAUUAGACAUAUUUUAUGUCUAAUAAGACAACAAAACAAUAGAUUGAAACAAUAGCUGUCCCCAUAGGAGAACCCUAUUUGGUCCGAAGUAAAACCAUUUUUGGUUCGAAGUGGAACCAUGUAGAACCCUUUGUGGAAAGGGUUCUACAUGGAACCCAAAAGGGUUCUACUUGGAACCAAAAGGGUUCUACCUGGAACCAACAAGGGUUCUUCAAAAGGUUAUCCUAUGGGGACAGCCAAACAACCCUUUUAGGUUCAAGAUAACACCUUUUUCUACGUGUGUAGGUACUUCUUUUUAUUUAUAAUAAGGUAAGACAAUUGUUCUAAUCUGGUAUUUAUCAGUCAUAUUCUUCUAAAUCCAGCUUUGUAUUUGAUUAAUUUAAUUUAGUUGAAGCACAACUCCUUGUAUGAGCAUAAUGAAUAUACAUUUUUUGACCUUGCAAGAUGUCAGUGUGUGGACAUUAUUGAAUUGGCUGUCAUUGUCUCAUAAACACCUUUCAGAAACACUUCAGUGGGGGAAAGGAUUUCCUUCAGGUGUUUACUGUGAGUUCCAUGGAAUACCAAAAGGAAAAGCAUUUGCAACAAGAAGAGACAGGUACGAUAACUGAACGUGUUUUUUGAUUCUACGACAUAGAGACGGAUUAUAUCUAAUUGUUUCCUGUUAUCAUAUACUUAUGCUUUCUUUGAGAUACUUUGUGUGUAUUGUAUUAUGUUGUAAACUGCUUUACAUAGCAACACACUUCACCUAAGCAGCACACCUAUUUGAAUAUGACCUGUAGUAUCUGUGAAAUUGAAACAUGCAAAAUGUCCUAGUCAAGAACAACUCCAAGUGUACCCUGGACCAUAUGAUAGUCAAUAAUGCAUGUUCUUUUUUUCUCCAAACUAUUUUGGGUAGUGUGUAUACCUACAGCAUGCUAAGCUAUCCUCAUGUCCUCUGAAAUAUUUCACUCUAUUGUAAGCAGACUUAUCUUCUAGGCGAAGAACAUCUUUCUCUUUUGACCACUACUACAGUGGGGGAAAAAAGUAUUUAGUCAGCCACCAAUUGUGCAAGUUCUCCCACUUAAAAAGAUGAGAGAGGCCUGUAAUUUUCAUCAUAGGUACACGUCAACUAUGACAGACAAAAUGAGGAAAAAAAAUCCAGAAAAUCACAUUGUAGGAUUUUUAAUGAAUUUAGUUGCAAAUUAUGGUGGAAAAUAAGUAUUUGGUCAAUAACAAAAGUUUCUCAAUACUUUGUUAUAUACCCUUUGUUGGCAAUGACACAGGUCAAAUGUUUUCUGUAAGUGUUCACAAGGUUUUCACACACUGUUGGUGGUAUUUUGGCCCAUUCCUCCAUUCAGAUCUCCUCUAGAGCAGUGAUGUUUUGGGGCUGUCGCUGGGCAACACAGACUUUCAACUCCCUCCAAAGAUUUUCUAUGGGGUUGAGAUCUGGAGACUGGCUAGGCCACUCCAGGACCUUGAAAUGCUUCUUACGAAGCCACUCCUUUGUUGCCCGGGUGGUGUGUUUGGGAUCAUUGUCAUGCUGAAAGACCCAGCCACGUUUCAUCUUCAAUGCCCUUGCUGAUGGAAGGAGGUUUUCACUCAAAAUCUCACGAUACAUGGCCCCAUUCAUUCUUUCCUUUACACGGAUCAGUCGUCCUGGUCCCUUUGCAGAAAAACAGCCCCAAAGCAUGAUGUUUCCACCCCCAUGCUUCACAGUAGGUAUGGUGUUCUUUGGAUGCAACUCAGCAUUCUUUGUCCUCCAAACACGACGAGUUGAGUUUUUACCAAAAAGUUCUAUUUUGGUUUCAUCUGACCAUAUGACAUUCUCCCAAUCCUCUUCUGGAUCAUCCAAAUGCACUCUAGCAAACUUCAGACGGGCCUGGACAUGUACUGGCUUAAGCAGGGGGACACGUCUGGCACUGCAGGAUUUGAGUCCCUGGCGGCGUAGUGUGUUACUGAUGGUAGGCUUUGUUACUUUGGUCCCAGCUCUCUGCAGGUCAUUCACUAGGUCCCCCCGUGUGGUUCUGGGAUUUUUGCUCACCGUUCUUGUGAUCAUUUUGACCCCACGGGGUGAGAUCUUGCUUGGAGUCCCAGAUCGAGGGAGAUUAUCAGUGGUCUUGUAUGUCUUCCAUUUCCUAAUAAUUGCUCCCACAGUUGAUUUCUUCAAACCAAGCUGCUUACCUAUUGCAGAUUCAGUCUUCCCAGCCUGGUGCAGGUCUACAAUUGUGUUUCUGGUGUCCUUUGACAGCUCUUUGGUCUUGGCUAUAGUGGAGUUUGGAGUGUGACUGUUUGAGGUUGUGGACAGGUGUCUUUUAUACUGAUAACAAUUUCAAACAGGUGCCAUUAAUACAGGUAACGAGUGGAGGACAGAGGAGCCUCUUAAAGAAGAAGUUAAAGGUCUGUGAGAGCCAGAAAUCUUGCUUGUUUGUAGGUGACCAAAUACUUAUUUUCCACCAUAAUUUGCAAAUAAAUUCAUAAAAAAUCCUACAAUGUGAUUUUCUGGAUUUUUUUCUUCUCAAUUUGUCUGUCAUAGUUGACGUGUACCUAUGAUGAAAAUUACAGGCCUCUCUCAUCUUUUUAAGUGGGAGAACUUGCACAAUUGGUGGCUGACUAAAUCCUUUUUUCCCCACUGUAAGUGCUGAAUCCUGACUUGAGAUCUGUAUGCAUAACUAGGAUUAUGCCCAUAAUCAAAAACUGAAACAGAAAUAGGAAAAUUUUGUGAUAAAAACUUGAAUCCAGGAUCAAUAAUAGCUUCAAAAUAACACUGACACCAACCAAAGGAAGAAAUACAUCCAUUUUUUUACUGAUGUUGCAGAAAUACCCAAACUUCAGGAAUUUCUCAGAAAUCUCAAUGAUCAUCAUAAAAAGACUUCAGAUUAUGUUUCUGGAGCCUAUGGGAUCCUCUCAUUGAUACAAGGAGCCAAAAGCAGUGACAUGGUAUUGUACUUCCAGCAGAACAAACUUUUUUCUCAUAAUUAACACACUCCUUGCAUGUGAAUAUAUUUGUUACAGUGCUUUGAAAAAGUAUUUGCCCCCUUUCUGAUUUUCUCUGUUUUUGCAUAUUUUUUAUACUGAAUAUUAUCAGAUCUAGAACCAAAACCUGAUAUUAGAUAAAGGGAACCUGAGUUUGCAAAUAACAAAAAAAUUUGAUACUUAUUUUAUUUAUUGAAUUAACCAAGUUAUGCAACACCCAAUUCCUGUGUGAAAAAGUAAUUAUCUCCUUACACUCAAUAACUGGUUGUGUCACUUUUAGCUGCAAUGACUGCAACCAAAUGCUUCCUGUAGUUGUUCAUCAGUCUCUCACAUUGCUGUGGAGGAAUUGUGGCCCAUUCUUGCAUACAGAACUGCUUUAACUCAGCGACUUUUGUGUGUUUUCAAGCAUGAACUGCUUGUUUCAAGUCCUGCCACAACAUCUCAAUUGGAAUUAGGUCUGGACUUUGUCUAGGCCAUUCCAAAACUUAAAAUGUGUUGCUUUUGCACCAUUUUCAUAUAGACUUGAUUGUGUGUUUUGGAUCAUGGUCUUGCUGCAUGACCCAGCUGCAUAUCAGCUUCAGCUCACAGACGAAUGGCCUGACUUUAUCCUGUAGAAUUAUCUAAUUCAGAGCAGAAUUCAUGGUUCCUUCUAUUAAGGCAAGUUGUCCAGGUCCUGAGGCAGUAAAGCAUCCCAAAACCAUCACACUACCACCACCAUCCUUGACCGUUAUGAGGUUCUUACUGGGACCAAUCUCGUCCAAAAAGUUAACUAAAGUUUGCCAAAAAGCACCUGGAAGCACCUGGAUGAUCAUCAAGACUCUUUUUGGACAACAUGGGUCCCAUUACGUCUGGCAAAAACCGAAACCUGCAUUCCACAAUAAGAAUCAUUUACCAACGGUCAAGCAUUGUGGUGGUAGUGUGAUGGUUUGUGGAUAGCUUGCUGCCUCAGGACCUGGACGACUUGCCUUAAUAGAAGGAACCAUGAAUUCUGCUCUGUAUCAGAGAAUGUCAGGCCAUCCGUCUGUGAGUAAAGAACAUUUGAAAUGGGGCAAAUACUUUUUCACAGCACUGUAUAUUGAUUAUGUUGAGUUUGGAUUUCAGACAGACAGCAAAGAAGAGGUGUGCCAGGUUCUGGAACAGAGGCUCAAGGAGGAGAUCAAGUUCAUUGGUCAAACUAUGGAUGACGCUUAUAAGGAUUUUGAACAAUGCCUCUCAGAAGGAGUUAAACAGUCAGAAGAAUCAUGCGAGAAAUUAAUGAAUAAAGUGAUAGCACCAGUAAGCUACUUAAAAAAAACUUUAAUAGCCGCUUUUCCACUGUCACCCUAUAUACGUGCUAGCCAGUUUGUGCUAGCGCCAGAGAAGCUGAAAAUCAAGAGACUUAACCAGGAUUCCAAAAUCGAAUUGAUUACUUCUUGUAACUCACAUUAGCUUGAGAUAGAUUCAGACUGAAGUAAAUGGGAGAGUAAUCUCUCGUGUAUAGACGCACGUAACAUAACUGGUGUUGGCAGCGUUUGUCAACAGACUGUGGUGUACGAUGACUAACGAGGAACGUUGUUCUGGUGAGCAGAUAUUUAAUCACUGAUCAUUUGGACAAAUCACAAUUUUGCGGGUGUUCGCAUCGUUCUAAUUUUGGAAGGGGGGGGGGGGACAUUUGGCCCAUAGACUUGCCUGUAAUUUACAAAGAAAGGGGGGUGGAGCUACCACUCUGGUUCCUCUUCUCAUUCUAGUAUAUUUUGGAUCAAGUCUGCUCCCAGAAUUAAAACAAACAUCGGACGCAAUUAUGCAAGGUUUCAGUUAUGGGUGGGAGCAGACUAUACUAACCAACAGUCCUGGCAACCUCUCAUUACGCAUACCUGGUAACCCUCAUUACGCACACCUGCCCCCCAUCAUGAGGCACACCUGGACUUCAUCACUACCCUGAUUACUUCCCCUUUAUCUAGCACUUCGUUGUUAUCACCCACCAGGCAAUAUUGUUUAUGUUUCCAUGUUAGACGCUGCACUUGUUUUGUAUCGUUCCAUGGUCUUCGUCAUUAAACUCACUAACUGUACUUGCUUCCUGACUCUCUGUGUCUACGUUACAGCGAGAGAGAGACUGAGAGUGGUACGUUAUUAUAUACAUUAAAUUAUUGUGUGUUGAGUCUCUCUAUUUUCAAAUUUCUCUGGCGGUAGCAUGCAUUGUCACCCACAGAUAUAGGCUUGCACAAUAGUGGAAAAGCAGCUAUUGAUAAAUACUUAUGCUUGACAGAUUUCCAAUGAUGUGCUGUUAAAAACGUUGAAUAUAUUUCAAUUUUUUAUUCCCAGAGAGGGAAAAAAGGCAGUGGAUAUCAUAAAGUAGUGAAGACCUUAUGCAAGAAUGGCGGCGUUUAUAAACCAAAAGGGAAAAAGGAAAUAAACCUUAAUGAGAGUUUAGCCUCAUGUAUGAGAAGUCUCAUUGAUGAAGAGUUUAAGAGAUAUUUCCCGUAAGUCAUUCAAUCAUUAUCAGUAAAAACAAAAACAAAAAACAAAUUAACACUGAGAUUCAAUCAAAUCUGGUAACCAUACUUCUGAUUUGGAUAUACUGUGUUUCAGAAACGAGGGCAAACGUGGCCCAAUCAGGGAGCGGAUUGAUGAUUUCACCCUUGACACAAACAGCUUGGUUGGGAAGCACCUGGAACUGUUACUGCAUCUGACAUUCCUAAAGACAGAGGUAGGAUUUUCAACAAAAAAACUGGAAAUGCAACAUUGACAAAUCCCCCCCCCCACACCCCACACCCACAUACUGUACUGUGCCUUCAGAGAGUAUUCACACCCCUUGACUUUUUCCACAUUUUGUUGUGUUACUAAGUGGGAUUAAAACUGAUUUUUAUUGUCAUUUUUGGUCAACGAUCUACACAAAAUACUGGAAAAAUUCCAACAUUUUACAAAAAUAUAUAAACACUAAUAUAUCUUGAUUAGAUAAGUAUUCAACCCCCUGAGUCAAUACAUGUUAGAAUCACCUUUGUCAGCGAUUACAGCUGUCAGUAUUUUUGGGUAAAUCUCUAAGAGCUUUGCACACCUGGAUUGUACAAUAUUUGCUCUCUAUUUUUAACGGGGGGUGCUGAAAAAAUUGUUUUGCCAGUGCUACAGAUGCUAUAUGGGUCUGUUAAUACAGCACUAUUAAAAGGACCAGUGCGCUACUUUUGUAAAAACAGAAAUUGCGAAAGUAUCCCCCCCCCCCUUGGCAUUUUUCCAAUUUUUAUGCCUUAAAACCUGGAUUUUUUUUAGGGGUUUGUAUAAUUUGAUUGAAAAUUUGAACGUGCAUAACUAUUCACCAACCAACAGAGGAACCUUUUGCAGCAAUUACAGCUGCAAGUCUCUUGGGGUAUUUCUCUAUAAGCUUGGCACAUCUAGCCACUGGAAUUUUUGCCCAAUCUUCAAGACAUAACUGCUCCAGCUCCUUCAAAUUGGGUGGGUUCCGCUGGUGUACAGCAAUCUUUAAGUCAUACUACAGAUUCUCAAUUGGAUUGAGGUCUGGGCUUUGACUAGGCCAUUCCAAGACAUUUAAAUGUUUCCCCUUAAACCACUCAAGUGUUGCUUUAGCAGAAUGCUUAGGGUCAAUGUCCUGCUGGAAGGUGAACCUCCGUCCCAGUUUCAAAUCUCUGUAAGACUGAAACAGGUUUCCUUCAAGAAUGUCCCUGUAUUUAGCGCCAUCCAUCAUUCCUUAAAUUCUGACCAGUUUCCCAGUCCCUGCCGAUGAAAAACAUCCCCACAGCAUGAUGCAGCCACCACCAUGUUUGAAAAUAUGAAGAGUGGUACUCAUUUUUACAUUUUAGUAGACACUCUUAUCAAGAGCGACUUACAGUUAGUGAGUGCAUAUAUAUAUUUUUUUAUACUGGCCCCCCGUGGGAAUCGAACCCACAAGCAAAUGCCAUGCUCUACCAACUGAGCUACAUCCCUGCCGGCCAUUCCCUCCCCUACCCUGGGCCAAUUGUGCGCCGUCCCAUGGGUCUCCUGGUCGCGGCCGGCUACGACAGAGCCUGGAUUCAAACCAGGAUCUCUAGUGGCACAGCUAGCACUGCGAUGCAGUGCCUUAGACCACUGCGCCACUCGGGAACUAAGUGAUGUGUUGCGUUGGAUUUGCCUCAAACAUAACGCUUUUAUUCAGGAUAACAUUUUCAUUUCUUUGCCACAUUUCUUUGCAGUAUAAUGUUAGUGCCUUGUUGCAAACAGGAUGCAUGUUUUGGAUAAUUUUUUAUUCUGUCCAGGCUUCCUUUUUUUCACUCUUUCAUUUAGGUUAGUAUUGUGGAGUAACUACAAUGUGGUUGAUCCAUCCUUAGUUUUCUCAUAUCAGAACCAUUAACAACCACUAAAUGUUUUAAAAUCACCAUUGGCCUCAUUGUGAAAUCCACAAGCAGUUUUCUUCCUCUCCGGCAACUGAGUUAGGAAGGACACCUUUAUCUUUGUAGUGACUGGGGGUAUUGAUACACCAUCCACGUUGUAAUUAAUAACCUCACAAUACUCACAUGUUUUUAGUUUUUUUUACACAUGUACCAAUAGAAUCUUCCUUGCAAGGCAUUGAAAAUACUCCCUGGUCUUUGUGGUUCAAUCUGUUUGAUUGAAGGACCUUACAGAUAAUUGUAUAUGUGGGGUACAGAGAUGAGGUAGUCAUUCAAAUAUCAUGUUAACCACUAUUAUUAUUUUAUUGAAUGAGUCCAUGCAACCUAUGUGAUUUUUACUCCUGAACUUAUGUAGGCUUUCCAUAACAAAGUUUUUGAAUACUUAUUGACUCAAGACAUUUCAGCUUUUCAUUUUUUACUAAAGAUGCAAUAUUCAGAAAUCCCUUCGCUAUUUCCUGGUUGUAAAAAUUCUAAUAGUUCGCCUAACUCCAGUUUAUGUGACAAAACAAUCAGUAAUUAAACCGCAAGGCACUGCAUCUCAGUGCUUGAGGCGUCACUACAGACCCCCUGGUUCGAUUCCAGGCUGUAUCACAACCGGCCGUGAUUGGGAGUCCCAUAGUGCGGCGCACAAUUGGCCCAGCAACGUCCGGGUUCGGCCGGUGUAGGCCGUCAUUGUAAAUAAGAAUUUGUCCUUAACUGACUUGCUCAGUGACACAAAAUCUCAUCUUAAUAAUUUUUAAAUCAGUCUGUAACACAAAAUAAUGUGGAAAAGGUAAAGGGGUGUGAAUACUUUCUGAAGACAAUACAAAAACACUUUUUUUAAGGCAAAAAGUUAGCUUUUGGAGAAAGUAGCCAUAUAAACAAAUCCAUAGACUGUAAACCACUUGUAAUUUAGGUGAACUAUCCCUUCAACUUAAAUGAGUGUCUUUUUUAACAUGUUUUUCUAUCUGAAAGGAAACUGUGUUGAAGGCAAAACUAAUCUGUGACAUCCGUGAGAAAAAGAAGAAAAUCUACUCCACUCUAACCGAGUCAGUAAAGGACACCAUGCAUCGAUGCUACAUAAGUAAGCCUUGAAAUUGACCUUGUUGGGGGUAUAUAUAUAUUUUUAAGUUUAAUUUAAUUUAAAAAAUACAUUUGAUAAAGGAAUGAAUUUGGCACUUACUACUACUAUAGCCCAUAGAAACACAUUCAUAAGCCCAUGCAAAAAAACGGAUAUCUCUAGCUUAAACUAACAGAUUUUGAUGAGGAUUUUUUUAUUAUGUUACAUAGAUUGAUGCACCGGUGCAAUACAGUAUUGUGGCCUAGUCAUGGAAAUUAUAAUGAUAUUUGGGAAGUAACAAGUUUUCUAAAAUAUUUAAAAUAUAUGAAUAGCAGAUGAAGUCAUACAAUGCUUAUGGAAACAAUAUGAUGACUGUGUUUUAGGGGCAUCAGAGCAUACAGGAAAAGAUGCUCUGAAAAGGAUGAAAGAUGAGCUACAUCGUCACAUGAAGAAUAACAACAUUUUCCAGAAGGCCAAGGAAGAUAUGCUGGGUUGUUUAAUCAACCUGAAGGUUUGGCACAUUCGGGGCCGGAUAGCAUAUGAUAGCAAAAUGUGUAGAAUUUUUGGAAAUUUGCUUUAAAACUGCAAAGUGUUCUCUCAGAUUCAUGGCAAAAUGUGUACAAUAGCAGGAAAUUUCCUUUAGAACUGCAACAUUGUCUCUCAGAUUCAUGGCAAAAUGUGUACAAUAGCAGGAAAUUUGCUUUAAAACUGUUAGAAAAAAAAUCUAAUCGUCAUGGCAAAAUGUGGACGAGCAUGAGCUAAGCUAUAAAACAACACAUUUUUUCCUCUGUCCCAUGGCAAAAAGUGUAGAAUUGCAGGUAAUUGGCUUUAAAACUGCUAAAUUUUCUCUUAGCCUCAUGACAAAAUGUAAAAUAGCAUUAUAAAACUACACAUUUUUCUCUCUGCAACAUGGCAAAAUGUGUUGAAAUGCAGUAAGUUAGCUGACAUUGUACAGUAUUGUUAGAAACAUGUAUUAAAGUGUCACUCCACGAUGAUACAAUGAUACAAAAUACAGAUUUUUUUAUCACAUUGUGGACCCCUCAAAUUGAGUUGAGACACUAAAAACAAUCAUAGUCAAACAUGGUACAGACAUCCUCUAUAAUGAAUUACACCAUCUAUACACAUGUAUGUAUAAAAAAAAAAGGUAAAUAAAAGGACAAUUAGGCACUUAAAAAUAAACGUAUUCGUUGGAUGAUAGGAUGUCAGACUUUGGGUCAGGCAUUUACAUUAUUGUUACCUGAUAAAAUUUCACAUCAUUUAUUAUUUUCAUUAAGGCUGUUAAAAUGUUCAUUUUGGUUGGACAGUUGACAAAAAAGAUUAUCCCUAAUUUAGUUUAAUAACCCACAGUAAACCAAGGCAUGACGUUAGGUUUCAAUGGAACCAUUGUUGCCAAAAGUACACAUACACGUUUAUCUAGGGGAGUAUUUUGUAUCGACCAGUCUCAAUAGAGAGAGGGGCCACUCCACAUCUACAUUUUUCAAAGGAGCUUCGAUAUUGCUUGGAUAAAACAGUACGUACAUAGGGUUCUGUCCCAAAAGUGCAUUUAAAAAGCAGGUUAUGGGUGCAUUUUCUGAUGGGUUAAGUUUAGUACUCCUCUUGGGAUCUACAUGUUUCCACAUGUCACCAUAGCAGUUAUGAUCGCACUUGCUGAAUUCAAAUAUUUGCGGCCAAAAUGCACUCAAGAAGUAGCUAGUUUAUGAACACCUGGUGCACAGCAUUUAGACUUGGUUGUGGUAAAGUACAAUCAUCCCUUAGUAUGAGAGUGGACUAAAUAAUAUUUUCUGUCCUACAUUAGGAACACAUCGUGAUGCAGCUGAAGUGCAAACUACAAGAAUCAAUGGAUCUCUCACUCAAGACCCCCAACAGCUCGUUCCUCCCAGGUAAAUGAAACAGACCAAAUGCUUUACCUAUUCCAAUAUAGUUAAAGUCAAGUACUCAUCAGAAUAAGUCUGGAAACCAUGUCCACUUUAUCUUGAGCUGCAUUUAGCUUGUGUCAUAAGUACAUGUGUGAACCCUACUUACAUUUCAGAACCACAAUAUUUGAAAGAAGAUGCAUAAUUUGUUUUUCAGCAAAACUUUAGCCAUGCCACUUGUUUUGGUGUACAGUUGAAGGAUGGGGCUGGGGAAAUGUAACCCAUAUCACAUUUGUAGAGAGCAUUCUUAAUGCAAGGACUGACAAUCCAUGACAUCCAUUUGAUAGUUUUAAAGUAACAGUCCAGUUUUUCCAGAUUUCUAUGAAACAUGACCUAUAAUUAAUUACAAAAGGAGUGAAAUAUGUUUUACUUAAAAAAUAAAUGAAAAACUAUGUUAAAAGCAGCUUUUCUGUGUUGGAAUGGUAUGGGUGUAUCCCAAUAACAGAAUGGUGUGGGCGUAUACUGGUCAUUCAAAAUAUUAAUGUGAGUAGACCCCUGAUUGGCCUACUCAUCCUAUAAUAUGUUGUUAAAAAUGCUUGCUAUUUCCUCAUACAGGAUGAUGUCUGAGGAUGACCUCAUCCUCUAUGAAGAAAGAGCAAGCAUUUUUUAAGUUUGAGGUGGGGGGGUUUAAGUGUUUUUCAGUUUUUCUCCGCUUUAUGCUUUGUCCCAAAUAUGAGUCUGGGAUGAGCCAACAACAUUAUUUGGGUAUGAGUUAACAGAAUAUUGACUUUUAAAAGUGAGAUAUUCACUUGACAGAUACUUAAUAACCCUUUGACACAUACGAUCACAUAUUUAUGAUCAUUGAUGAGUGGUCCCUGCAGCGUACCAUCGCAGAUAUGUGAUUGGAACAGUAGCAACAAAACGAAUAAUAAAACAAACACAUCUAAACAGCAUUGUUGUCUGAAAGCAUGUAAACUAUGUUUUGUACUGAUGGGAAAUAAAGGUCUUCACAACUUUAUUCCUCAAUUUCACCUUUUAUUGUAAAAGAUAAAUACGAACUUCAUCAUCUAAGCAUCACACGGAACACAUCCACAGCCAAACAUAUUCAAUAAACCAGUCUAAAUAACAGGUUGCACUGACAAAAAAACAAAGCAUAAGUUAGUGACCUAACAGCUAGAUUUGUUUACAAUGUAUCACAUCUUUGCUGAGCACAAGGGAGAAAUUAGAAAUCAGUUAAGCUAACAGCAGCUAAAUUAUUUAUGAUGGCAGCCAUGUUUGUUUGUUUGACAAGCGAAAACUCCCUAAUCCCAGGAUGCCAUUCACUAAAACUCAAAUAAACAAAGUCAAAGUCAAAGAUGGCUGAAAAUAUUAACUUAGUUUGGCCACUUUUCAGCAUAUUACAAAUAUUUGAUGUACUUGUUACAGUGUAUACAAGAACCGGAGCACAUGACUUGACAAGUCAUUUACAGUUUUUAGAAAUCACAAAGCAAGUAAAAUGUUAUCACCUCAAAGAUCAUCACCCCAAAUAAAAGCCUAACCGUAGCGCGAAAGCUAAACAGGGAUGAAACCAUUUUAGGGAGGUUUGUGAGGGGGUUCAUUUAAUUUGAAGGGGGUUUUCAAGUCCAUGGGGGGUAGAAAUGGGGGAAGGUAUCGUGGGGGGAUAUGAUGCAGGAAUUAUUACUAUGACGGGGGAUUUAUCAAUAAAUGAGGGGCAAACACAGGAGAAGUCUAUAAGAUAAAUACAAAUAAAACCCUGGAAAGGGGGUCUGAGCUGGCAACCCUGAGGUACCAUAGUUACAAUCUGAUGCCACAAUCAAAACAACUGGCAACUUAGAACUCGGAAAUCUCUGAGUUCCGACUUCAGUGCAUUCAAGACAACUGGGAACUCUGAAAAAAACUAGCUCUGACUGGGAAAAAUAGUUUCCAACGGUCAUCUAACUCGGAAAUCUAACUCGGGAACUCAGGCCUCUUUCUAGACCUCUUACUUUCCGACCUGUAAGAUCACUGACAUCAUGAGUUGACCUUGUAUUAUUCAGAGUUCCGAGUUGUCUUGAAAGCACCAUAACUCAGUCGAGUGAACCAUCCCUUAACCUCGUUUUGUUAUAACAUCUUUGGUGUGACGGACGCUUACGUGACACAAGAAUAUAUUGUAUGAUGUCAACAAACAUGGAGCCACACAACUGGCAAAUAACUUAUCAUUAGCAUAAUCAGUACAACCUUCAAAAAAUUAUUUUACACACAUAUGUGUCCAUUACAAUCUAUGCAAGAAUCAAAAUGCAUGAUUUGUUAUCAGUACUUGAAAAUGUGAAUAAAACAGUAAAUACAUUAUGCUCCAUGCAUACAUACAUUAUACUACAGUAGAAACGACAACAUGAUAUAAGGAAAGUAAGGCAAUUACUUUGAUAGGAACACAUGUCCAAAGUAUCUGUAAGGAAAACAACAAUGAAGCCAAUGCGAGCGCCAGCCAGAAAAUGUGCCAGGUGGGAAAGGUUUGUGCAAGACCUGUUCUGACUAGAGAUGCACAAAUGUCUGCAUACUUGAUCUGGGGAAACACUGGGAAAGUGCUUGGGCUCUCGUCGAAGAGAGAAGUUUGUCGGGCUCAGUUAAGCCUCAAACAUAAAUUGUCCGCAACAGUGAAAUGGGCGACUUCUUAUGUGAAUUAAUGAGUAGCCGGAACACACCUCAAUUCAAACUGUUAGAAAAUAAAACUUUCAAAUAAUUUGAAAUUGACAAGUUAAAACAUAGCCUAUAGAUAAUUAGCAGGCAGCAUGCCUUGGUUUGAGGGCAGCGCGGGUUAAGUGUCCUGUUGCAUGAAAUCACAUUUUGGAACAGUGAGUGCAUUCUGAUAUCACGCGCAUAAAAAAACUCCCGCUGGGGGUGACCGUUAGAGAUAUUUUGAACUCAAAAAUAUAUGUUGAAGAUUACUUGAAUCAGCCUCAACAAACAUCAGCUAACUUUAGCCUCCACAGGCUAACAAUCAACAGAAGUGAUGGAGAAAUUUGAGCAUGUUUUGUUUUCUUAAAUGGCCAAUACACCUUUAAGUAACAUCAAACCAAAUACAGAGUUGAUUUUGAGUUGAUUUCAGGUGAUUUGGCCACCAUAUAACAUCAAGUUGUAAAAUCCUGAACUUCCCCUUUAAAAGCUGAUGCUUGUCCUGAAUUAUUUUUCUUAUGCAGAUGUCACUGUGGAGUAUAACAAGAUGAAGAUGUGCUAUGAGAAACUGAUGAGUUGCAAGCCUACAAAUCGGUAACUAUUGAUCACUGAAACUUCCACUACUUUAUCAUGGCCUUUUCCUGUGGUCAUGAUUACCACUAAUCAAUUCCACACAGAAUCUACAAAGACAUUACGUCAAGAGUGUUUGACUCUUUUGAUUUAAAAAAGGAGUUUACAACUGUCACCUUUGCCCUUUGUCUGCCUUGCAGGCUCCAAUGCCCCAAGGCAGGUAUUUUCCCAUGCAUAUCUACUGGACUGGUGUUUCUGAUGGAAGGGAAGGGAGAUGUGGUUUCCAUGAUGACUCAAUGGGACAGGAGCCUGCUGGGCUCCAGGAUACCAGCAGGACCCCUAUUCAGCAUUGAAUGCCCUGAGCAGUCUGUCCGCCAACUGCAUCUCCCACACUGUAUGUGUGAUGGUAAGUGAUGGAUCGCUGUAUGUGUGAUGGUAAGUGAUGCGUCACUGUAUGUGUGAUGAUAAGUGAUGCAUCACUGUAUGUGUGAUGGUAAGUGAUGCAUAAUUUCUAAUAAUACAAUAAUAAAAGGGGUAUGACAUGAUACUACCACUGAAUAAUACAUUCAAUAAUAAUACAUAAUUUGGUGAGACUUACAGUCAAUUAAAGCAUUGUUCUUAUUCUGCAGGGGAGAAUGACAUUUUGUCUGUGGCCCAUAUUAUUGAUGGCAACAUGGAGAUUUUUCAUCCAUUCAAGACAACUGCUACACAUGUGAUUGUAAACAUCACACACCUCUCCCUCUUUGGCCUCAUUAGAAAUAGGUUCUCCUUCCACCCGGUCCAAAGCCAGGUGCUGCUGUUCCUCCAACCACAAGGGAACAGACCUCAGAAGUGCAUACUGAAUGUUUUUUUGUUGCCCAACAAUGUACCACUUUGUGAGGUAAUAUUUACAGUAUCAAGGAAAUCAUUAUGUACACUGCAAGAGCUGUUUGGUACACUGAGAAUGUAAACCUACAGUGGCUUCAGAAAAUAUUCACACCCCAUGCCUUUUUCCAAGUUUUGUUGUCUCACAGCCUACAUUUUAAAUUCAUUAAAUUGAGAUUUUGUGUCACUGGCCUACACACAAUACCCCAUAAUGUCAAAGUGGAAAUAUGUUUUUCGAAAUUGUUACUAAUUUAUACAAAAUCUAAGCUGAAAUGUAUUUUACAUUUACCAGACGCUCUUAUCCAGAGCGACAUAUAGGGUUAAGUGCUUUGCUCAAGGGCACUUCGGCAGAUUGUUCACCCAGUCGGUGGCUCAGAGAUUUGAACCAGCGACCUUUCAGUUAUUGGCCCACUAGGAUACCUGAGUCAAUAACUAUUCAACCCCUUUGUUAUGGCAAGCCUAAACAAGUUCAGGAGUAAACAUGUGCAUAACAAGUCACAUAAGUGGCAUGGACUCACUCUGUAUGCAAUAAUAGUGUUUAACAGGAUUUUUUUAUGACUACCUCAUCUCUGUACCCCACACAAACUGUAAAAUUAUUUUUAAGGUUCCUCAGUUGAGUAGUGAAUUUCAAACACAGAUUCAACCACAAAGACCAGGGAGAUUUUACAAUGUCUCGCAAAGAAGGGCACCUAUUAGUAUAUGGGUAACCAUAAAAAAAGCAUACAUUGAAUCUUCAUUUGAGCGUGGUGAAGUUCUUAAUUACAAUUUGGAUGGUGUAUGAAGAGGCUGUGAUAGGAGAAAACUGAGGUUACUUCAUAAUACUAACCUAAAUGACAGAGUGAAAAGAAGGAAGUCUGUACAGAAUACAAAUAUUCCAAAACAUGCAUCCUGUUUUCAAUACGGCAUUAAAGUAAAAGCGUUAUGUUUGGGGCAAAUCCAACACAACACAUCACUGAGUACCACUCUUCAAGCAUGGGGGUGGCUGCAUCAUGUUAUGGAUAUGCUUAUUAUCGUCAAGGACCAUGGAGUUUUUUAGGAUGAAAAGAAACGGAAUAGAGCUAAGCACAGGCACAAUCCUAGAGGAAAACCUGGUUCAGGCAGCUUUCCAAUAGACACUGGGAGACAAAUUCACCUUUCAGCAGGACAAUAACCUUAAACGCAAGGCCAAAUACACACUGGAGUUGCUUACCAAGACAACAUUGAAUGUUCCUGAGUGGCCUAGUUACAGUUUUUACUUAAAUCGGCUUGAAAAUCUAUCGCAAGACUUGAAAAUGAUCAACAACCAACUUGAAAGAGCUUGAAUAAUUCUCUAAAGAAUAAUGUGCAAAUAUUGUACAAUCCAGGUGUGCAAAUCUCGUAGAGAGUUACCCAGAAAGAUUCACAGCUGUAAUCACUGCCAAAUGUGAUUCUAACAUGUAUUGAAAUGUCAGAAGUUUGAUUUCGAAAAUUGAUCUUAUUGAAAUUAUGGCUUCUCAAACUAAAUCUGAAAUUGUGAUAAUUAUUGAGACUUGGUAAAAAAAAGUAUGUGCCAGACUCUGACAUGUCUCUAAAUGGAUAUAAUGUUUAUAGAUCUGACAGAGCUAGCAGAGUUGGGGCUGUUGCCAUAUUCAUAAAGAACAACUUGAAUGUUACCAUGUGUAUCACCACCUCUGUCCUUAAGCAAUUUGUAUGCCUUGGUAAUAAUCCCCAACUAACGUUAGCUGGCGUUUAUCGCCCUCCCUCUGCCCUCCUAAUUGCUCUUAGCAAAUUAUCUGACUUGCUGUCUAACUUGCUGUCUAACUAUACUAUACUAAUUAUACUAAUUAUUAAUAUUGGGUGAUUUUUAACCUGGAUUGGUUGAUGCCAGUAUCAGACAGACUGAAAUAUAUUUGUACUGGGUUAAAUGUAACUCCAAUGAUAGCUAAAUCAACCUGCCCCAACUUAAAUCACCCUGAAAAAUCUACUAUUUUUUAUAUAAUUCUGACAAACGCCCCUCAUAAGUAUACAGCCAAUGGAAUCUUUGCUAACGAGCUCAGUGACCAUUGUCCCAUUGCCUGCAUUAGAGAUACUAAGCUACCUAGAUUAUGUCCACGCAUUAUUACAAAGAUAACAAUUUUAACUUUCAAUGAACAACAUUUCCUGUAUGACCUGGGAUUGUGUGAUUGGGAGGGUGUGUCCUCUAUCGCUGACUCGGAUCAGACCCUUAAACGUUUUACCUCUCUGUUUAACUCUGUUGUAGAUAAGCAUGUCCCAUAUAACAGAUCAAAGGUAAAGGACAGAUCUAACACAUGGUUCACACAUUCAUUGUCUAAAAUAUUUAAUGAAAGAAAUUUAGCUUGGGCUUGGGCUAAGGCUAGAUUGACUGAUUCUUCCUGUGACUGGCAGUCCUUCAGACAUUUGAGAAAUAGAUGUCUUGCUCUAGUUAGAAAAGCAAAGUCAAUAUACUUCUUGAAUUGUGUGUCUGAGAGUGGUGGAAAUCCAGCAUAAUUCUGGAAAGUGGACAAAUCUUUGAGAAAAAAAACUCAACCCCCCCCAUUGCCCUAGCAGGUUAUGACAGCCUCUGGUUAUGACAGCCUCUAGUCCCAUAACAGACAAAAAUGACAUUUGUGGUGCUUUUAAUAACCAUUUUGCCUCAGCUAGCCAUCUUUUUGAAGAAAUGGUUUCUGAAAAUACCUCAAGCUCCACUAGAGGGAGGCCUUUAUUCACCUCUCAGCAAAUAGUAGAGAAUGAUGCACUUCCAGGCACUCACUGUUUAUUUUUUCAUUUUAAUGAUUUUAUGCCAAUGAUGUAUUAGGUGCCCUGCAAAAAAAAAAAUAUAUGUAAAAAAAAUAGAUUGGAUCUGAUUCACUUGAUCCCUUUCUACUGCAGCUUUUUGCUCCCCUCAUUGUAGAACCUUUGACGCACCAUUUUAAUUUAACAAUUGCUUCUGGUGUUAUCCCUAAGAUCCGGAAGGUGGCGCAUGUCCUCCCUCUUUACAAAGGUGUGGAUCCUUCUGACAUGGAUAACUACCGCCCAAUCUCUAAACUAUCUUGCCUUGCAAAAAUAUUAGAAUCACUGGCAAACUCUCAGCUAAGAACUUCAAAUUGUAUUCUUAAUGUGUACCAGUCUGGUUUUAGACAUAUAGCUCUAUCAGCAGAUACGCUUCAAUUAUAUAUUAAAUUGCUUAGAUCAUAGGAAUCACUGUGCUGAGAUAUUUAUAGAUCUAUCCAAGGCUUUUGAUACCGUCGACCACUCCCUACUCAUUCAAAGGUUGUCUGAAAUGCGCCUUGACCAGGCGUCUUGCAAGUAGUUUGGGAACUAUCUGUCAGACAGGACACAAUUUGUGCUUUCUGAUGGUGUUAAGUCAAGUUACCUCAAUAUUACUAAAGGUGUCUGACAGGGGUCGAUUUUGGGACCUGUCCUCUUUUCUACUUUUAUAAAAAAUAUUGGUCUAUCAGCAAAAACCUGUACGCAGAUGACACUGUUAUGUACGAUAUUGCCCCAUGGCUUAACAGGCUAUGUUGUAGCUGCAAUCUGAUUUUGUUGUCUUGCAGAAAGUCCUUGUCAAUUUGAAAUUGGUACAUAAUGCUGGAAAAACUAAAUGUAUGCUGUUUUCUAAUUAUAUCAUAUAAAUAUUUCAGAUUACUUACAUAUUUAUGCAUCGAGCAGGUUCCCGCCUAUAAAUAUCAGGGCUUUUAGACUGACAAUAAAUUGACGUUUAAAAUACACAAAUUACUCAAGUAAAAGUGAAAGUCACCCAGUAAAAUAAAAUACUAAUUAAGUAAAAGUCAAAAAGUAUUUGGUUUGAAAUAUACCUAAGUAUCAAAAGUAAAUGUAAUCGCUAAAAUAUACGUAACUAUCAAAAGUAAAAGUAAAAGUAUAAAUCAUUUCAAAUUCCUUAUAUUAAGCAAGCCAGACGGCACCAUCUUCUUGUUUUUCUUAUAAUUUACGGAUAGCUAGGGGGACACUCCCAACACUCAGACAUAAUUUACAAACGAAGUAUUUGUGUUUAGUGAAUCCGCCAGACCAGGGAUGUUCUCUUGAUAAGUGCGUGAAUUAGACAAUUUUCCUUUCCUGCUAAGCAUUCAACAUGUAAUGAGUACUUUUGGGUGUCGGGGAAAAUGUAAGGAGUAAAAAGUACAUUAUUUUAUUUUGGAAUGUAGUGGAGUAAAAUUAAAAGUUGACAAAAAUAUAAAUAGUAAAGUAAAGUACAGAUACCAAAAAAAACGACUUAAGUAAGUACUUUACACCACUGCCCUUUGCUUUAUCACAGGUGACAGUUUUAAUACGCAUCACUGUGUCCUGUAUCAAAAGGUUGACUGGUCCUCAUUAAUGUCCCAUAUGUCACUUCAUUACUCCCUCUUUGUUUACAAAUCUAUACUACACAAACUUCUGACUUACUUAAUUUCAUUGCUGAAGUAUAAAAACAUGAGCUACCAAACCUUUCACAGGGUUGGUUAACUCUUAAGGUUCCUCGGGUCUCCACCUAAUUAGGUAAAUCCGCUUUUAGUUUUAAUGCGCCCCACUGCUGGAACAAUCUGCAGAUCUCAUUCAAAUGUGAUGUUCUGGUGCCACUCAGGCAGUUUAGUGUUGAUUGAGGACUUAGUAGCUGAGAAAUGCAACUGUUGUUUGUGAUUGUGUUUUUGCUUUUCUGGUGCAUUUUAACAUGUAUUUAUGGAUGUGUAGUUUAAAUGUGUAUAUUGUAUCAUGCUGUGUAUUGUGUACACAGGGCUCAACUGGAAAUGAGACCCUCGGUCUCAGGGUUGUGAAUAAAUUUGCAAACAUUUCUAAAAACAUUUUCACUCUGCCAUUAUGGGGUUUUGUGUGUAGAUGGGUGAGAAAAAAAUGAUUUUAAUCCAUUAUGAAUUCAGGAUUUAACACAACAAAAUAUGGAAUAAAUUAUGGGGUAUGAAUACUUUCUGAAGGCACUGUAGCUAUUGCUCUAGCUGGAUAAAUGAUGGUAAAAUGGCUCAUUACCGUUACUUGAUUUCUCUCAGAACUGUUAGUAUGAACGUAUUUGAUCAGUUUGCCGUGAAGUAAUGCACCUAUAUUCUUCAAAGGUGGAACGUCAACAGAGAGGGAGUACUUUCAUUCAAACCAGCUCCAACUGCACAUUGACUCCUAGAGGAAAAUAUGGUCUCUGCUGUGAGCUGGUGGCAAAUUCUAGGAUACAGCCAAAAGUAAGCAUGGCCAUCACAUACAACCAUACAGUCUUAUAUACAGUGGGGAGAACAAGUAUUUGAUACACUGCCGAUUUUGCAGGUUUUCCUACUUACAAAGCAUGUAGAGGUCUGUAAUUUUUAUCAUAGGUACACUUCAACGGCGAGAGACGGAAUCUAAAACAAAAAUCCAGAAAAUCACAUUGUAUGAUUUUUAAGUAAUUAAUUUGCAUUUUAUUGCAUGGCAUAAGUAUUUGAUACAUCCGAAAAGCAGAACUUAAUAUUUGGUACAGAAACCUUUGUUUGCAAUUACAGAGAUCAUACGUUUCCAGUAGGUCUUGACCAGGUUUGCACACACUGCUGCAGGGAUUUUGUCACACUCCUCCAUACAGACCUUCUCCAGAUCCUUCAGGUUUCAGGGCUGUUGCUGGGCAAUACAGACUUUCAGCUCCCUCCAAAGAUUUUCUAUUGGGUUCAGGUCUGGAGACUGACUAGGCCACUCCAGGACCUUGAGAUGCUUCUUACGGAGCCACUCCUUAGUUGCCCUGGCUGUGUGUUUCGGGUCAUUGUCAUGCUGGAAGACCCAGCCACGACCCAUCUUCAAUGCUCUUACUGAGGGAAGGUUGUUGGCAAAGAUCUCGCGAUACAUGGCCCCAUCCAUCCUCCCCUCAAUACGGUGCAGUCGUCCUGUCCCCUUUGCAGAAAAGCAUCCCCAAAGAAUGAUGUUUCCACCUCCAUGCUUCACGGUUGGGAUGGUGUUCUUGGGGUUGUACUCAUCCUUCUUCUUCCUCCAAACACAGCGUGUGGAGUUUAGACCAAAAAGCUCAAUUUUUGUCUCAUCAGACCACACGAACUUCUCCCAUUCGUCCUCUGGAUCAUCCAGAUGUUCAUUGGCAAACUUCAAACGGGCCUGGACAUGCGGCAAUUGUGCAAGUUCUCCCACUUAAAAAGACGAGAGAGGCCUGUAAUUUUCAGAAUUUCUUUUCUCCAGAAAAUCACAUUGUAGGAUUUUUAAUGAAUUUAUUUGCAAAUUAUGGUGGAAAAUAAGUAUUUGGUCACCUACACACAAGCAAUAUUUCUGGCUCUCACAGACCUGUAACUUCUUCUUUAAGAGGCUCCUCUGUCCUCCACUCGUUACCUGUAUUAAUGGCACCUGUUUGAACUUGUUAUCAGUAUAAAAGACACCUGUCCACAACCUCAAACAGUCACACUCCAAACUCCACUAUGGCCAAGACCAAAGAGCUGUCAAAGGACACCAGAAACAAAAUUGUAGACCUGCACCAGGCUGGGAAGACUGAAUCUGCAAUAGGUAAGCAGCUUGGUUUGAAGAAAUCAACUGUGGGAGCAAUUAUUAGGAAAAGGAAGACAUACAAGACCACUGAUAAUCUCCCUCGAUCUGUGAAUGGUGAGCAAAAAUCCCAGAACCACACGGGGGGACCUAGUGAAUGACCUGCAGAGAGCUGGGGCCAAAGUAACAAAGCCUACCAUCAGUAACACACUACGCCGCCAGGGACUCAAAUCCUGCAGUGCCAGACGUGUCCCCCUGCUUAAGCCAGUACAUGUCCAGGCCCGUCUGAAGUUUGCUAGAGUGCAUUUGGAUGAUCCAGAAGAGGAUUGGGAGAAUGUCAUAUGGUCAGAUGAAACCAAAAUAUAACUUUUUGGUAAAAACUCAACUCGUUGUGUUUGGAGGACAAAGAAUGCUGAGUUGCAUCCAAAGAACACCAUACCUACUGUGAAGCAUGGGGGUGGAAACAUCAUGCUUUGGGGCUGUUUUUCUGCAAAGGGACCAGGACGACUGAUCCGUGUAAUGGAAAGAAUGAAUGGGGCCAUGUAUCGUGAGAUUUUGAGUGAAAACCUCCUUCCAUCAGCAAGGGCAUUGAAGAUGAAACGUGGCUGGGUCUUUCAGCAUGACAAUGAUCCCAAACACACCGCCCGGGCAACGAAGGAGUGGCUUCGUAAGAAGCAUUUCAAGGUCCUGGAGUUGCCUAGCCAGUCUCCAGAUCUCAACCCCAUAGAGUUGAAAGUCCGUGUUGCCCAGCGACAGCCCCAAAACAUCACUGCUCUAGAGGAGAUCUGUAUGGAGGAAUGGGCCAAAAUACCAGCAACAGUGUGUGAAAACCUUGUGAACACUUACAGAAAACGUUUGACCUGUGUCAUUGCCAACAAAGGGUAUAUAACAAAGUAUUGAGAAACUUUUGUUAUUGGCAAAAUACUUAUUUUCCACCAUAAUUUGCAAAUAAAUUCAUAAAAAAUCCUACAAUGUGAUUUUCUGGAUUUUUUUUCUCAUUUUGUCUGUCAUAGUUGACGUGUACCUAUGAUGAAAAUUACAGGCCUCUCUCAUCUUUUUAAGUGGGAGAACUUGCACAAUUGGUGGCUGACUAAAUACUUUUUUUCCCCACUGUAUUCCUUUGUAAUGUGCUAUUACUGGUUUGUGGUGUUGGGUUUGAUUAGUGUUUUUUAUGUGCAUAUACCUGACACCAUGAAGUUCCCACAGGAAAAAAAGGUUGUAUGUGCUUUAUGGCCAGCUACAGUAUUUCUAGCUCUCUUUUGCUGUCUGUAUUUGGCUAAUAUUCUUUUUCAUUUUGUGUUUCAGAGUGGGCAGUUUGACUAUGACUAUAGCCCAAACUUCCACCCCACAUUUCAGGUGUUUUUGGACUGCAUGUUGGGUGCAGAGAACAUCAGACUGAGACUUUUAGACAGAGGACGAAAUGACCAAAGAGUGUGGGAGUGUCUGGUUCCAACAGGUUAGAUCAAAUGCCAGUUUGCUAUUAACCUGUACACCCCUCACAACCUACUUAUUUAAACUGUAUUCAACACACAUGAUAAAAUCAAUCUGAUUCAAUUUUCUUCAGAUUUCGAACCACCUCAAAUCAAUCCGAUCAACCCUAAUCCAGGUAUGGUUUGGUUUUCUCUUUCAUUGUCUAUGGCUAAACCUCUGAUAUGGAAUGUGUUUGAGUGUCACACAAAGGAAUCAAUCAUUGUUUUGUUAACUUUUAUUUUAGAAAUAAAGCAUCAAGUGAUCAGUCCUGUAUAUACUGUAUAUAUUUAUACUCCGGACUCCGACAUUGCUCUUCCUAAUUUUAAUUCCAUUAUUUUACUUUUUAGAUGUGUGUAUUGUUGUGUAGAGAUAUAUGUUAGAUAUUAUUACACUGUUGGAGCUAGGAACACAAGCAUUUCUCUAUACCCUCAAUAACAUUUGCUAAAUUUGUGUGUUCAACCAAUAACAUUUUAUUUUAUUUGUUAAAAGAAACACAUUCAGACAAAUAUGUUUUGUUGUGUUUAGUGGCUUGUUAUGUAGAACACACGUUUUCUUCAGGGUUUUAGUUAAUUAUGGCUCUAAUAAUAUGACCUAGUUGUGUAUGCAUUUUCUGACAUGAAUCUCAGGUGCUGAGGCUGAACUGAACCAGCUCUCGGGUGAAGAAUUUGUGGAUAAUCAUAUGGCUGAUCUCAUUCAGAGGGUCACGAUGGUGCGAUCUGUAUCAGAUUACCUGCUUGCGAAGAAUAUGAUCCAAGAUGAAAUGUGUGCAAGAAUCCGCAGGGCUUCUACCAAUCAGGAACAAAUGAGAAUAAUGUUUGAGGCUGUACGAGCAGGAGGACCAAGA